AUGGAUUCGUCUCCUCCAUCACCCACAAUAGAAGGUCGAAUAACUAUUGAAAGUGUUCGACAUUGGAAAUUGGACCAAGUAUCAAAUUGGUUACAAGAAAAUAAUUUUCGUGAAUAUCAAAGAUUAUUUACAGAAAAUGAUAUCACAGGUGAUGUACUAUUGGAAAUAGAUCAUGAAGUUCUUAAAGAACUUAAAAUAAGAUCAAUAGGUGACAGAAUAAGACUUUUGGUGGCGGAACAAAGUUCACCUGAAAAUGAUCGAUUUCCUAUACCAUCACUUUCAAGAUCAAAUUCAAAUCCUAGGCUUGUAUCUCGUUCAAAUUCUGCUAAUCGUGCUCUUUGCUUUCUUUAG